UGUUACUGGGGUUUUUUUUCAAUAUUUUAACAUGUUGUUGAUGGGUUUAAUGGUUAAAAUUUGGGUUGGUUUUAGAUUUUGUUAAAGCUUUGAUUUUUAUUUUAUUUUUCUGUGAAAUAGCAGCUGGACACUUGUUACUUGUUAAUUAGCUUCUACCUCUAGGAUUAAUAUAUUGUUUGUGGAUCUGGGAAAUUUAUAUAUACACUUUCUGCUUUAUCCUUAUUGUCUGCAUAAUUUGGAAGGAUUUGCAAGAAAAUUUGUUUGUUUAUGUGUAUAAUUGUAUAUUUUCUACUAUUUGCUGAAGAGAAUGUUGAAAAUUUCAAGAUUUUAACAUGAAAGUUUUAAUCUUUAUUGUUUUGCUCAUGAAUGCUAUGAUUAGAUUUAAUUUUGGUUUAAUGGAAUUUGGGAUUAAAAUGGCUGUAAUUGGAACUAUGGUGAGAAUGAUAUAUAUGAUUAGCUUGCACUUUGCUUUGUUUGGUGAACAUGUAUUAGAUCUUAAGUUAAAGAAAAGGAAAGUGAAUGUCAUAAUCAUCUCAUCUACUUUAGUUGAUGGAAUUUAUAGGGCAAUUUGAUUGUGGCCAUAAUAUUUUGCUGUUGUGGAAAAUGGGAUCUCAUUUAAAUUUCAAGAACUUUGGUGGUGAUGGGAACAACGGGUCGAAGCCGGUUGUGAAUUCGCCGUUGGUUAGGCAGUCAUCUAUAUAUUCAUUGACCUUUGAUGAGUUGCAGAGCACUUUUGGUGGACUUGGGAAGGAUUUUGGGUCAAUGAAUAUGGAUGAAUUGUUGAGGAAUAUAUCGACGGCGGAAGAGACUCAAUCAGCUAUGACGGCUUCGGUUAGUGCGGGAGAAGGAGGAGAUGUUUCUGGUGGGAAUUUGCAGAAACAAGGGUCGCUGUCGUUGCCGAGGACUUUGAGUCAAAAAACGGUCGAUGAAGUAUGGAAGUACUUGAUGAAAGAAAGUGAUGGUGGCAGUAAUGAUGGAAGUACCGGUGGAGAAGCGAAUUUGCCGCAGAGGCAACAGACGCUAGGAACGAUGACGCUUGAGGAGUUCUUGGCAAGGGCAGGUGUUGUAAGGGAAGAUAUGCAACAGAUUGGGAUGGUGAACAAUGGUGGAUUCUUCGCUGACAACUCGCCUUUAGCUCUCGGGUUUCAACAGGCAAAUACAAACAAUGGGUUUGCAAGUGGAGUCAAAUCAUCGUCACAGCUGCAACAGCAGCCACAGCCACUGUUUCCCAAGCAACAAGUAGUUGCUUUUGCUCCUCCUAUGCACCUUAUGAAUGCGACACAGCUCGCUAGUCCGGGUGCUAAGGGUUCAGUGGUUGGAAUUGGUGACCCUUCUAUGAAUAAUAAUCUGGUUCAGAACACAGGGCUGCAGGGUGGUGGGAUGGGGAUAGUUGGUUUAGGCUCACCCGCAAGCCAGAUAUCUUCUGAUGUGGUUUCGAAGAACAGCAUCGAUACCACUUCGCCAUCACCAGUUCCUUACAUAUUCGGCCGAGGAAGAAAAUGCGGUGCAAAUUUGGAGAAAGUAGUUGAGAGAAGGCAAAAGAGAAUGAUUAAGAACAGAGAGUCAGCUGCAAGAUCACGAGCUCGCAAGCAGGCCUAUACAUUGGAACUCGAAGCAGAGGUCGCAAAGCUUAAAGAAAUGAACCAAGAAUUGUUGAAGAAACAGGAGGAAGUGAUGGAAAUGCAGAAAAACCAGAUGCUAGAGAAAGUGAAUCGACCAUGGGGACGUAAAAGACGAUGCUUGAGAAGAACAAUAACAUGCCCUUGGUAGAAAAUCUCGGCUGGCGGUACGAACACCAGGGGAUUGCAGCGUGCAUCGAUCAUCGAUCAUCCGUAUCGAUGCUGCUAAAGGGGUAGGCAUCUCUAUGUAUAGAAUCAAAAAGGGUUUUUGAGAUGAAUAUUAUGAACCUCAUACUAUUAGUUUUGUAUAUUAGAUUUUUCUUUAUUGGCUUUGAUCUUCAGUUUUGCCUAUCAGAUGGUAUAAACCUUGACACAAACAAAGGGAUGUAGGAAAAAAAACCUUGGCUGUUUUAAGUAACCAUGGUUAGUUUUUAACCUCCAUUAAAUCUCACUCUUCGAAUUUAUAACACAUUCUCCAUCAUUGUAUCAAAUAAGCUUAAGUUCAUGAGCUUUAUAUAUUCCUUGCAUAUGUCUCA